CGCACACAGCGACAUGUCUUUGAAUGAGCGGAACAACUGUUUUGCCCAAUUGAUGGCAGGGCUGAACCCGUGGUAAACACACUACACAUCCCAUACGCUGACCGACGAUGACGUUAAGACAGUGGCGCCGAAAACUGGUCAUCACUUGUCUUCUGGUGGCGUUGAUUGUUGUCCUCUAUUGGAAUCACAAGAGACUGACCGCCGAUUUGCGCUCAUUGGACGCCAGGAGACGGGUCGGCAGUGGAGGCGGCGGUGGCGGUGAUGGCCGUCACAGUCCGUCGGCUCAGGAGUCGGCCGUUGACGACAAGCCCAUAGCCGCCGAUGAUCUAACGUGGCGUCUGUUGACCACAAUUGACACCAAUAUCAUCGACAUUGAGGGCGUGUACGACAAGAAACUGGUCGACUUGUCUGAGCUCAAGAAGUGCGACCUCUGUCUCGGUAUUGACUUCUGUCACACUCUGGUCACCAAUCUAUUGGUCACUACAGCGCCAGCGCUUCCCUCCUAUAUAUCGUUGAGAAACGCUGUGAUGAAGACAACGAACGAGAAGAUAACGCUAAUGAGUCAGUCAUCGGACAAGUGGUCGCGUCUGGAAUCGAUUGUCUGCGCCAACGCUUCUCAAAGAGUGGCCACUUGUGAUCACUCGCUGGCCGUUCGCAACUCAUUUAUGGCCAAAUCGGAUCUCUUCGCAAUCGACAACUAUCGUCAUCUGUUCCGACAGAUUGUGAUGCAAAUGCGCGCAAACGGCGGACACCAACAAAAUGAACUAUUUUUACAGGGAGUGUUCACUCAGUGUACGACCAAAAAGUAUUUACAAUUAUUGCAAAACAGUUUUGAUACCAAUGAUGACAAACGGGUGGAUCUGUCGGAACAAAGCCAUCUGUUGAGCUCUUUGCUGGCAUUUCCCGGUUAUGCCGUUCACCGCAUGCUAUCCAAAAGUGAGACCGAUCUCCAGACGCUUAAGAUUAGAGGAGUUUGCGGCCGUUUAGUGGCAUUUGAGGGCAAUUUCCAAACUCUGGCCGACUUUAUAGCGGCGGAGAAGAGUUUCGAAGUGAUCGCCGGACUCGCCGUUCAGAUCAUACAACUGGUGGACGAUCUGCAGGACGAGGACCCGAACUGGUAUUACUUGCACACAGAGCUGACCAUCGAUUCAUAUGUGGUCAACACAGAGGGCGAAGUAUUCCUCUCGGAUCUGAACCAUAUGCUGGUGAUCGACAAGUCUCUGCUCGAAGACCACUCACUGCGCCGCCAACAGUCCCUUUUGCACAGUCAGGUCUGUAACGAACCCUGUUUUCAGACAUUCCACAAGCGCUUCCUCGAGGCCUUCAACACCACAUCGAGUCUGCCGUCACUCGAGUGCCAACGCGUUCACCUCUAUUACGGCCAACACAUGUAUGCAAUGAUUUGUCGCAAUAUAUUCUCGUCGCUCGAGAUGUCCGCCGCCGCCGGCGAUGAUAGCCAACGGCCGCCGAGUGGUAGUAGUGGUCGUCCGAGCGGUGGUCACCCGUCGCCGUUGGCCAGCGUUCGGACCGGUCUAUUGAGUUCAGUGCCAAACAAGGAUCGCGAGAAUGUGGACGACCUGUUGCGUGAGUGCGUCUACGAGACGUCGCCCGGCGGUCGUAAGCAAGCGCUAUUUAUGAGUUAA